CACACAGGGCAAAUCUGAUCCAGUAAAGUAGACAGCACGCGCACUACAAGUCCAUAUUCUCACUUUUGGAUACUUCACACAUACACACACACGCACCCUGCACCCAGCAUCUCCUGGAGAAGUAGGGCACCGUCCUCCCCUUACAAACCGACGGAGUGUGCAUUAAAAAGAGAGAUAUAAAGAUAAAAAACAAACACGGAAGAACCGCAUCCUCGCUGCGGGAGGCGAUGCCGUUUCCACACGGACCCAGGUCGAGCGCGCGGACCAUGGACAGCAGCUGCUAAAGAGUGAAGGAUGCCACCAAGCAGACAUUUCUGAGCUUGGAAAAGAGUAAACCCACUUCAUGUGACCUUCGGGAAAUGAAUAUGCUCUGCAGUGAUGCAGUCCAGCAGCUGCUAUGGAUGUAGGUCCAAGUAGAAGCAUCAGCACCUUUGACCCAACAUAUCAGGACAGUGUCCAGACACAAAGAAGUAAGACAGAAGUCAAUACACAAAACAAUAAACUUGCUUUACAAGAAUUCCCCUCAACCUCAUAACAACAAAACACUUUUAUGCACAUUUUCUUUUUAUGUAUUUCUGACCUUUUUCUUUUGGAGUAAUGACUGUGGCAAAGUUAUGGGACGUUUUAACCUGACCACCGGCGCUGCUGUUCCAUGUUAACACUUCCCACCUCUGAACCCACGGUGGUCCCUUUCCCGUUUCUCCGGACCCUCAGAAAUCCCCUUUUAUUCACACACCUGCCAUGCGUGCACACGUGGGACUCCUCUACCUGCUGGUGCAUGUGCUGGCAAGAGCAAGAGGGCAGUAUGACUUGUGCAAGUCUCUCGUGAGCACGGACGAAGGUGCUGUGUGGGAGCAUUACGCAUGCCAACCCAAAGCCCAGGCCAUGAAGGAAUACAUGCGCAUCCUCGUCGAGCCGCUAGGCGUCACCUGCGGCAACCCACCGGAGAGAUUCUGCACUCUGGAGAAUCCAUACCUCUGCAGUGAUGAAUGUGACGCGUCUAACCCUGACCUGGCUCACCCGCCGCAGCUGAUGCAGGACCGCGAGCGCAGCGGCCUCAUCACCUACUGGCAGACGGUCACAUGGCAGCGGUAUCCCGAGCCUCUUCAGGCCAACAUCACCUUGUCCUGGAACAAAACCCUCGAACUCACCGACGACAUUCAGAUCACCUUCGAAUACGGCCGUCCCACCGUCAUGGUACUGGAGAGGUCACUCAAUUUUGGCCGCACGUGGCAGCCUUACCAGUAUUACGCCGAUGAUUGCUGGGAUGCGUUCAACAUCGCGCCAAGACGAGCGCGUGAUCUGACCGCGGCCAACGUCACGCACGUCAUCUGCACAGAGCAAUACUCACGCUGGGUCGGGUCCAAGAAUGAGAAGGUGGUGCGCUUUGAGGUGCGUUCCCGUUUCGCCAUCUUCGCCGGCCCGAGGCUGCUGAACAUGGAAGGCCUGUACACGCGGAUGGAGAGCAUGAAGGGUUUACGAGAUUUCUUCACGUUCACCAAUCUCAGGCUCCGCCUCCUCAGGCCCGCUCUCGGAGGAACGUACGUCCAGAGAGAAAACCUGAUGAAAUACUUCUACGCCAUUUCUAACGUGGAGGUGCUGGCCAGGUGUAAAUGCAAUCUCCAUGCGUCUCAGUGUUUGUAUGUGGACGGCAACUUACAGUGUCAAUGUGAACACAACACGACCGGACAGGACUGCCAGCGCUGCAAGAAAGGAUUCAAAGCCAAGACCUGGAAAUCAGGAUCAUAUUUACCAACUCCCAACGGAUCCCCCAACACAUGUUCUCAGGCGUUGGCUGGUUCUUCUUCUGGUUCCAAUUGUGAAUGUAACGGACACUCGAAUCGCUGCAGUUACAUCGACUUCCUGAACAUAGUCACAUGUGUGAGCUGCAAACACAACACGCGUGGUCAGAACUGUGAACACUGUCGCAUGGGCUUCUACAAAAACACCUCUGCAGAGCCUGAUGAUGAGAAUGUGUGCAUCGAGUGUAACUGUAAUACGAUGGGCUCAUUGCACGACCGCUGUAACGGUACCGGCUUCUGUCAGUGUAAAGAAGGCACUACCGGAGUCAAAUGUGAUGACUGUCUCCCCGGUUACUAUUGGAAACAGGGCUGUUUCGCGAACGUGUGUGACGAUGAGUUACUCUUGUGCCAGAACGGGGGGACGUGUGUUCAGAAUCAGCGCUGUAGCUGUACGCCGGACUUUAAGGGUGUUUUGUGCCAACAGUCGCGCUGCGACGGAGGCAAAAAGUGCAACGGUGCCAGUGCACUCACACUGAGCCUGGCACUUCUGCUCUGCCCGCUCCUCGCCACCCUGCUGGGCUCCACCGCCUCCUGAGAGACUCCUGCUUCCCCACCAGCGGGCACCGAG